AUGAAGACCGUCUUAAACAACGACAUAGAAGAACACCAGAAGAGACUCAAGGAAACUCUGCUGAAUUAUAGAAUUCAAAAUGAAACAAAAGUGGAAGUCCAGAUCACCCGCAAACGCAUGGAUCUUUUGAGAAGAAAGGAGAUGCCCCAACAAAAUUAUGUUCUACCUGUAACCAUUGUAGAACCUGUGGGCCCUGUUGAAAUUGGUCAACCAAGGAUAGACAUACCAGAUGUCUCUGUUGGAGUAGAAAAUACUGAAAUUCCUGUGUCUAAAGAGGUACCUGGUGUUGCUGCAGUUCCAGAUACUGUGGAUCCUGAAAAAGGAAACAAUGCACAGGACGACACAUUGAAAUGUUUUGAAAUUUUUGUUUUGCGUUCUGGUGUGCCCAAAGACACCUAUGGAAAAAUCAAUCCAAUAAGGCAGCAGGUGCAGAUCCAGAUCCUUUUGCAUAUCUGCAGCAUCCGCAGUAUUAACCAAAUCUUUGAACACUGCUCCUUGCUGACCAUGGCUCCUCUUGGGGCUGAGCUGGAGGGCUCACGGAGCAGCUCUGGGACUGAAGAACUCGGGGAUAACUUCAAGCCAGCAGUGAACGGGUCCAGGGCUUAUUCGACCAUCACCCUGGUGGAGGAGGAUCCCUGGGCAUUGCCCAAACUCGAGGCAAUUGGCAUCAAGUGGUCAGACCUGAGUACCGGGAAGAAAAUCCGUCGUGUGCUGAUAGCGGCGUCGAAAAUCGUUUUACUACUUGGAUUCCUCUACAUGUUCGUUUGUUCACUGGACAUCCUGAGCUCGGCAUUCCAGCUUGUGGGAGGUAAAGCUGCUGGAGAAAUUUUCAAAGAUAACGAGGUCCUCGCCAACCCUGUGGCUGGGCUGGUGAUCGGAGUCUUGGUCACGGUUCUGGUGCAAAGUUCCAGCACCUCAUCUUCCAUCAUUGUCAGCAUGGUGUCCUCCGGCUUGUUGGGAGUUCAUUCUGCCAUUCCCGUGAUAAUGGGAACGAACAUCGGCACCUCCGUCACCAACACUAUCGUGGCUCUGAUGCAAUCCGGAGACCGAAAUGAAUUCAGAAGAGCCUUUGCAGGUGCAACUGUGCACGAUUUCUUUAAUUGGCUCUCGGUGAUCAUCCUGCUACCAAUUGAAGCAGCCUCUGGCUAUCUAUACUAUCUCACCGGCGUUAUUGUGAAAUCAUUUGAUAUCAAGAGUGGUGAAGAUGCUCCAGAUAUGCUUAAAGUCAUUACUGAUCCCUUCACAAAACUUAUUAUACGGCUGGAUAAAUCUGUAUUAAACAAUAUAGCAACAGGAAAUCCAAUAGCAACAAACCAAAGCCUUGUUAAGGAAUGGUGCAAGACCACAUCUAGUAUGGAAGAGAAAAAUGUGACUGUCCCCAGUAAACUUAAUUGCACAUCACCUGAAUUUUGCUGGGCUGAUGGCAACAACACGUGGACUCUGAAAAAUGUAUCACAGACAAUAAACCUUGAAAAAUGUAAUCAUCUAUUUGUGAAUUCAACAUUGUCUGAUUUAGGGGUUGGUCUCAUCCUCCUUGCAGCCUCUUUGAUUAUCCUGUGUACCUGCUUGAUACUUAUUGUCAAACUUCUCAAUUCCAUGUUAAAGGGACAAGUUGCUACAGUUAUCAAAAAAAUUAUUAACACUGAUUUCCGAUAUCCAUUUGGAUGGUUAACUGGAUAUAUAGCUAUUGCAGUGGGCGCUGGAAUGACUUUUAUUGUUCAAAGCAGUUCUAUUUUUACCUCGGCUCUUACUCCAUUAGUGGGAAUUGGUGUGAUAAGUGUCGAGCGAGUCUACCCUCUCACAUUGGGUUCCAAUGUAGGUACAACCACGACAGCUAUUAUAGCUGCUCUUGCUAGUCCAGGAGAAACUUUAGCUAACUCUUUGCAGAUUGCUUUAUGUCAUUUCUUUUUCAAUAUUUCUGGAAUCAUCCUUUGGUACCCCAUACCAUUCAUGCGGGUUCCAAUUCGCCUAGCUAAAGCACUGGGGACUCAAACUUCCAAGUACAGGUGGUUUGCAAUCAUCUACCUGAUUCUGUGUUUUGUACUGUUCCCUCUAAUUGUAUUUGGGCUGUCAGUUGCUGGUUGGCAGGUUCUAGCUGGAGUAGGUAUUCCUAUCUUAAUUAUUAUAAUCAUCAUAAUUGUUAUCAACAUCAUGCAAGCAAAGUGUCCAAGAUUCUUGCCAAAGAUACUACAAACCUGGGACUUCCUUCCCAUUUGGAUGCAUUCCCUGACACCCUGGGACAGAAUAGUGCAGCGUCUUACACUAUGUUGUUCCACUAGGUGCUUUAGAAAGUGUAAGUGUUGCAAGACUGAUGAUGAAUGUGGUGACAGAAGGGAAGAACAAACCAAAUCCAUUGAGGUUUAUGAAAAUCCAGUAAUCCUAGAGAAUGAAAAACAAGAUAUUAAGACAUUUCCCGUUGUAGAAAAUGAAACAAAAGUUAAUUCAACAAUUAUGUAG